UACCCUUAACCAAUUUUUUUAAAUCUUUUUUUAUCUGUGUUCGAUUAUUGAUUCGUGUGUUUAUUCGUUUCUGCGAUUAUUUAUUUUGUGGUGUUUCUAAUAAGAUAAUCUUUAAUAACAGGCUAUUUAGUUCUGCAUUUCUUUACACUAGACAUAUAACACACAGUAAGAGUAAGAAUCAAGUUUGCAUAAGUACCUGUAGCUUUUAGUUUACCAUUUCAAUACGUGCAGUUGUGUUCACAUUAAAAAAAUGAAUUAUGAGACAAAUAGACUUAAUACAUUUACCGACUGGCCUUCAUCAGCCCCUGUAGAUCCUAUAAGAAUUGCUAAAGCAGGGUUUUUCUAUACGGGCGAAGGUACAGAAGUGAAGUGCUUUUGUUGUAGUAGUAAGAUCUCUCAGUGGAAUUAUGGAGACCAGGUGAUGUGGAGGCAUCGACAAUUGCAACCAACUUGCCUAUUUGUGACGAAUCCUGAGCUCUCAGGAAAUGUGCCCUUAGUCCUUGGGCCAGAAUGUCCUCCAUCAAUUACUCGUAGACCAUCAGUGCCUUCUGAUGAUGUGCAAAAUGACCAUACUUACACUGCACCCGAUUAUGGACUAACAGAAGAAGACGAAACUUAUAAGAAUGAUGCUUUACGACUCCUAUCUUUUAUUAAUUGGGAUGACUCAUCAGUUUCCCGUCAAUCGCUCGUAAAUGCUGGAUUCUAUCACGCUGGUGAGGGCCGUCUGCGUUGUGCCUGGUGCGGAGGAGAAUUGUCCCGUUAUAAUCACUUCACCUCAUCUACACCACUUGAAGUCCACCGAAUGUAUUUCUCUCGGUGUCAGCACGCGGCGAGCCUCGAAGCAGCUCAGCAGGCACAAGCGGGCAAUAUUUCCACUACAUCGUCGCCGUCGCUCUCGCCUUCACCACCUAACGACACCCCACGCGUAGAGUCACCAUCCGCCAAUUUGAAUAACCUGCCACAAUCGUCAGGUGCAGCUCACAACGAGCGUGUACUAAGCCAGGGCGGUACAUGGCGUAACUUGGGCGUGGUGGGCGGUGGAGCUCGCCACCCGCAAUACGCGUCAUUGGCAGCUCGCCUCGCCAGCUUCGAGCGAUGGCCCGCGGAUAGGCAACAAGCACCACGGACACUCGCCGAGGCUGGAUUCUUCCACACUGGAACUGAUGACCAGGUGCGUUGUUUCUACUGCGACGGUGGUCUAGGCAAAUGGGAAACUGGUGACACUCCAUGGUCGGAGCAUGCGCACUGGUUCCCUCACUGCGGAUACGUACUACUCGUGAAGGGACAAGAGUUUGUCGACACCUGCCGCAACCGGACGUCUGUACAAAGAACUGUUAGCUAUUCUGAAGCCGGACGCAAUGCGAGACGACGAAAUGGUGAAAGCUUUCCUAUCACAGAAAGUCAGGUAGAAGAAUGUAUGGAAAGUACAAUGGCGGCGGCGGCUUUAGGAGCUGGAUUGGAUGCGGCGCGCGUGCGACGAGCGAUAACGAACAGAUUACGAACUGUUGGUACUCCUUUCACAUCCUCAGAGGCAUUGAUAGACGCCGUCCUAGACGACCAGCUCAACGAAGAGCCCUGGUCUAUGACGCCACAGAGUCGACUCGCCCGGGACAUACUUUCUGAAACGUUCAGAGAAUUUGCACCAAGAUCUGGAAUUCCAUCUCAACAUGUUGCCUUACUAACCCGUCCAUACGGAAGCGACCAAAGCAGUAGUCCUGCUCGGUCAAUGACCCCUGAUGACGAUGAUGAUUCAGAGAAUGACGUUGAUAAUAGUGGCGUGCCUUACAGCACUAGCGAGCAAGCCAGACGGUCACCUGCAAGGGACGUAGAUAAUAGUAAUACUGCAACUAAGCCUAAAGUUGAAGUUAAAAGUGAUAAUGACAGUGCGCAAGAGUCGCCUGCGCCGGAGACGAAGAAAUUGUCGCUAGAAGAAGAGAAUAGACAGCUGAAAGAAGCUAGAUUAUGUAAAGUGUGCAUGGAUUGUGAGGUGAGCGUAGUAUUCCUGCCAUGCGGGCAUCUAGUUUCGUGCGCACGAUGCGGGGCCGCGCUGGGCGCCUGUCCGCUCUGUCGCGCGCCGGUUCGCGCUCUCGUACGGGCCUACCUCGCCUGACAAUACAGGUCGAACGAAGUGCAAUUAAAACACGGUACUCACUAUCAACUGCUGUUACAACUAAAUAUUAGAUUAGUUAUGGUUUACUAGCUCAUUAGAGUUAAACGAUACAAAAUAUUUGCCUGCUGGGUGGUAAAUAUAACCUUAUAACGUUGGGCCUACAUUUUUAAUGUCAAAGAAAAUUAAUAAACACAAAAAAAUCACAAUAACCUUAAAACAAAAAAAAGAACAUUUAGUAGGUUCAGUAGUGUUUUUAAUAUAAUUUUGUGAAAAUGAAACCAAAAAUAAUCUGUUGUACGAACCUCCUCAUCACAAAAAAGAUGGCCAUAAACAAUGCCAGUGUCAAUAUGACUAUUUAAAGCAGUUUUUUUUUUACUUAACGCUAUGAAGACAACUUACAAGCUACAAUAACAUUUUAAUUCAACAUGAAAUUGGAGACUCGGUUGCCAUUAAAGAAAGAAAAAAAAGAAACAUUUGAACAGUGUCCGAUUUUAAUUAAAAGCUUAUUAAUUUGGAGUUUUUUAAAACUUGAUCUGAAACAGAUAGUGAGUACA